UCUCUCUGUGCAAAGGGAAGGUAAAGAGAGGCCUUAUGCUCUGAAUAUUUAUUUUCUGUCGCCAAUUAGGGCUUUUCUUUCUCUCUCCUCCCUCUCACUCUCUCUCUAAAAUCGAAUUGGAGAUGGUGGACUUCUCUCGCGUACAGAAGGAGCUUCAAGAAUGUAACAGAGACCUUGAUGUGUCUGGCAUAAAUAUCAGUCUCAAAGGCGACAAUCUCACGCGUUUGAUCGGGAUAAUUCCUGGCCCUAUUGGUACUCCCUACGAAGGCGGCACUUUCAGCAUCGAUAUUGUUUUGCCUGAUGGGUACCCUUUCGAGCCUCCAAAAAUGCAAUUUGCCACAAAAGUUUGGCACCCUAAUAUUAGUAGUCAAAGUGGAGCAAUAUGCCUGGACAUUCUGAAGGACCAGUGGAGCCCAGCUCUCACUCUUAAAACGGCACUGCUUUCUAUUCAAGCAUUGCUCUCCACCCCUGAACCUGAUGAUCCUCAAGAUGCUGUAGUAGCACAACAGUAUCUUCGAGACUAUCAAACCUUUGUGGGCACAGCUCGUUACUGGACAGAAACGUUUGCUAAGUCAUCGACUCUGGGGUUUGAGGAGAAGGUACAAAAACUUGUGGAAAUGGGCUUCCCAGAAGCUUUGGUGAGGAGUACUCUGGAAAAAGUUAAUGGUGAUGAAAACAUGGCUCUUGAGAAGCUUUGCUCUGGCUAAUACUUGCCGCAGCUGCUUUUUGUCACCAAGAGUGAAAAUAUUAUAUCAAAGACCAGGGAUUCAUUAAAGCAUAAGCUUUUCUUAUCUAGUGUAGGUCUUUUCGUCCGAUAGGCUUUCCUUUAAAGGAACUUUGUGAAGUAACUGUGUCUAUCUGAAAUCAAGAAAUUUACUGGAAUUUACUACAUUAUACCUUGGAUCAACUAUAUGCUUGAUGAAAGGUGUAUAUGCUUAUUCUAUUUCAUUUACUUAUUUAUCAA